AUGAUACUCAUGUCCGAGGUCUAUGCGAGGCCGCGGGCCUUGCCGAGCAUGCUAUCGCUAGCUCAGAAUUACACGAUAAGGACCUAUUCAGUGAGACCAUCAUCAAAACCACCACAACCAAAGCUGUCAUCUGAAGCGAAACCACCACAACCCACAAGAUUCACGUUUGUCCCAAAAUCAGAGUGGGCACCAGAAAGAGACUCGAUACCUACAGACGACUCCUUGGUCCGUGUUUCAAGACGGGUCGUUGAUAACCAUUACGCUUCACAGAGAGAAAAAUCACGAAAGCUAGAAGAGAUUUUCGAGAGAUUCUCAAAAGACAAAUCGCCACGAAAGGGACCAGAACCAGAGAGACAAGCACAGGAAUCAUCGGAAACGCACCUACAGCAGGACAUGCUGGAGUUUGAUAAACGGUUUCUGAUCGCGAACUUGGAAGAGGAAUACGCCAAGUACAAGGCUAGACGACCUAGCAUGACCUCGAAAGAAAGACACAAGGUAUGGGUUGACAUGGUGGGAUGGUCACUGGAUAUACCUUAUUCAAGAGAGCUUUACGAUAAGCCCCAGGAUUUCAGGUAG